AAAGACUCCUGCAGCCCGCAUUUCGAAUAUCGAGUAAAUUCCGACAACUACUAAAGAACCACCAGUGAAGAUGAAGUGCAUCCUUGUGUUCGCCUGCCUUUCAAUUGCCCUGUGCCUAGCUGCUCCCCCUCCGGAGGCAGAGAUUAUUAGACAGGAGUCCGAUGUCAAUGUCGAUAGCUUUAGCUACAACUUUGAGACCAGCGAUGGCACCAGGCAGGAGCAGCACGGAUCACUGAAGAACCUUGGUCCCGAGGAGGUUGCCUUGCAGGUGGCCGGAUCCUAUAGCUUUGUUGAUCAGGACGGACAGACGCAUGCCAUCAACUACGUGGCGGAUGAGAACGGAUUCCAACCCCAAGGAGAGGAUAUUCCCCAAAUUUAAAUCCGUGUGUAGAGUCUAUGUAAAAAAAAACUAGAAUUCAAGUGAAAAACAAGCCG